AAACACCAGCUGUAGCUUAUAGUCAAUACAAGCAGAGUGAGAGUCCGUUUUCAUCUGUUAGAUUUUGCAUCCAGUUUAAUGACUAAUAAGCGCCCACUGCUUGUGAAUAUUGAUCGCUCGCUCUGAUAAAUUAGUGUCUAGAUUGAUGCAGCGCUGCUUCGAGGAAAAAACAAUCAUGCGUUGAGGUCCGUGCGUCAUCGGGACUCCGGCAGCGGCGGAGGUGGCCGCGGUGCGUGCUGUUUGUCUGUCGUCUGCCUCAGACCGGAGCGAGGGGGUCAGUAAGUGCACACACCGAUCACCGAUCAGCGCGAUAAUUGAAUCCAUCAACCGACCAAUCCGUCUCGACCGGAGCGCCUCGACCCGGCGUCUCUCCGGUGUGAGUGCGGAGGGAGCAGCGCCGGAGGAGAUGCGCAUAUCUGCAGGUACUCUAGCGCUGUCGUAAAAUAAGAGUCGGGAGCGAGUCAGCUAUCAUUAGAGCGAUGCCAGGGGUAACCAAGUACAAUUUAGUGGAUGACGCGCACGAUUUGAGGAUCCCCAUGCACAACGAGGAGGUGUUUAAGCAUGGGGUCUGCUUCGAGGCAAAGUACAUUGGCAGUUUGGAGGUGGGUCGCCCCGGCAGCCGAAUGGAGAUAGUCGCUGCAAUGAGGAGAAUCAGAUAUGAAUUCAAACUGAAGAAUAUAAAGAAAAAGAAGGUCAACAUUGUCGUAUCCACUGAUUGUAUCAAAGUGAUUUUGCGCAAAAAGAAGAGAAAAGGGUGGUCAUGGGAUGAGAAUACCAUCUUGGUGACACAGGAUCCCAUCUACAGGAUCUUCUAUGUCUCACAUGAUGCCCAAGACUUGAAGAUCUUCAGUUACAUAGCGAGAGAUGGACAGAGCAACAUUUUCCGCUGCAAUGUGUUCAAGUCAAAGAGGAAAUCUCAGGCCAUGAGGAUCGUGCGGACGGUGGGUCAGGCGUUCGAUGUGUGUCACCAGCUGACCCUGCAGCAGAAAAGCGAUGACCAGGAGGAUGAGGAGGGCAAGGCGGAGGAAUCAGAGGCAGUGCCAGCAAAGAAGAGGUUUGCAUUGUCAGAGGAGACCGACCUUGAAGCCACUACAGAGGAGAGCAUUGAGUGUGUCUCUUCAUCCGACCUGGAGAAGAGCAAAAAGGAUGAGGCCCUCUGCAACGAUGGCAAGCUGUCUGAUGACCCGUCUCUCCUGCUGAGCUCCCCCAUCCUUGGAGCCUCUGUGUCGGGUCAGUCGGCAGCAGAGGCUUCCUGCUCUGAAGAGCACCAGGUCCAGCUCCUCCAGAAACAGCUGCAGCAGCAGGAACAACAGGCACUGGCAGCUUCAGCACAGGUACUGAUGGUCCAUGUGCUCCAAGACCAGCUGUCGGUGGAAGUGUGUGCACGGACUGAAGCCCAGGCCAGAGUGCAGAGGCUGCUGCAGCAGAACACCGACCUGCUGCAACACAUUUCCCUGCUGGUCAAACAGAUCCAGGAACUGGAGCUCAAAGCUGCUGGCCAGUUAACAUCUAUGGGCUCGCAGGACAGUCUUCUGGAGAUCACUUUCCGCGCCAAGCCCCCCAGCAUGCUCCGUGAACCGCUCACCUCUUCUUCAUCUACAGGCGCUUUAGCAGCCCAGUCCCUGCUCCAGAUUAGUGACAGUGCCUGGGUCUCCACCAUCCCCGGGCCCUGCUCUCCAGGCACCACGGGCACCGACACCAGCCCUCUGGGGCUCGGCGGCAGUGGAGUUCGGCUCGAAUGCUUCCGCUUCUCCUCCCGGGGGCCGGACCGCCAGGAGCAGGGCCAAGACACAGGGGAGACUCCCAGCGACGGAGCCCCAGAUGACAGCUCGCUGCUGGGGGAGCAGGUCCUGGGAGCCCUGGAGCUGCUCCGGUUUAGGGAGUCAGGGAUCGGAUCGGAGUACGAAUCAAACACAGAUGAGAGCGAUGACCGGGACAGCUGGGGGCAGGGGGAGGGAGCGGGGGCUGACGGUGCCGCUCGACUCUUAAACGUGCUGAAUGCAGAGAGUCUGCCGGACUGCUUAGGGGAUGAGAUGGCUGUGUAGUGGUGCUCCUAAAGCUGCACAAGGCAACAUUGCACUUAUACACCACCCCAAUGGGAAACAGGUGAAAUUCAGAAUCUGAAGGACUUCAUUGCACGGAAAUCAUUACACGGAGUGGCUGGCUCUGGAAAGAGCACUCACUCGCCACUGUUCUGAGUAAAGUUUUGAUUUGCUACUUCUACCUGUGCACUGAGAAAAUGUCCCACUUGUAGGAGUGGUGGAAUAAUAAAAACAGAGAUGCAGAAAGUAUAAUUCAAUUGAUAAAUUUGAUCCUAAUGUUUAAGUUCACUUGGUUACGACAUAAAAACAAACUUGAUUUGAUCAAAUUUGAUCAAUAAGUUUCAUUUAUCACAUGCAUAUGACUGACACGUUUGCCAGUGCAUGUUCAAUGACAAAUACACAGGAUAAUAACAAAAUAAUAAGUAAUAAUAAUGGUAGCCUACGCAUUAACCAUAAAGAUGUUUAAUAAAUCAAGCUUGAUUUAUCAAAUCAAUAAUGUCUUUAUCAAAUAAAUUUAAACAAGACUUAUAGUCGGCAUCCAUGCUAGCAGCUCUGUGAGGCUGAGCUAAAUGCUAACAUCAGCAUGCUAAAAUGCACGUAUAAUGUUUACCACGUUCCCCAUCUUAAAGUAGUUUAGCGUAUUAACAUGCUAAUAUUUGCUAAUUACACCAAACACAAAGUACAGCUGAGGCUGAUGGGAAUGACAUUAGUUUUGCAGCCAUUUGGUGGAUAAACUUUGAUGAAACCUUGAUUAACUUCUUUGCGAUUACAUUUUCUUGAGUUCCACAUCACAUACACUGGACGUUAUUUACUGUAGUUCAGAAAACUAAAACAUACCUUUAGCAUUUCUUUGUUUCUCAGCACCAUUGCAGCUCCAAAGCCAAAAAAAAAAAAAAAAAUAACAGGUGUACUUCUAGAUAGGAAUUUGGCACAGUGCAGCUUUAUUGAAACCUUGGACUGUCAGAUAGUAUAAACACUGUGGUGCUUCAGGCUCUGUCUCUCUGAAAAGCUCUGCUGUCUGUUAGUAUGUGUGUUACAUACUGUGUGCCUGUCAGUUUGGUAAUCGUUGUACCUAUAAAUACGUUUGGUUCACUGACUUGGUGCCAUCGGCAUUCGCUGGGCUUGUUACACUGUGGUUGUGUCUGUGUUUAUGGAUUUGUGACACAUCUGGCAUGGACAUGGUCAUAUUUGUUGUUUUCUAAUGAAGAUCUAUGAAGAAAAGACCCCUUUGCCAAGUCUGUCUGGAUAUGCUAACACAUUUUUUGGAGUGUGAAAAUUAAAACCUUACUGUGCUUGUUAUUAUGCUUAAUCUGUAAUUAUACAUGGGUUUAAAAAUGAGCAUGUAUCUCUCAUAGUAUGAUUUAUUUCUUUUUUCAAUACAUUGUAUAUAGUUUGAUUAACUUAUAUGCAUUGCAUAAAACACAUAGCAUGAUUUUAUUCAUACUAUUCUUCAUCUUGUUUUAUAUUAUUAUAAAUGAUGAUGCUGUGUGUCAGAGGGAAACAGCUCACUGUGUGCAGGUGCUGCUACAAUCUUGUCUCUGCUGUUUAAAAAUGUAGCCACCACAUACUGUAAGUAUUAUUUGUUAAUGCCGUACUGCAGCAAUGAUAAACUGCUGCGUCACUGUUGCUUCACCCUUCAAAAGAAUUGUUUGGAAAGUCCUGAAGUACUAAUUCCAGGAAAGAUGGAGGCAUAUGAGACUUCUGGACUCACUUCAUAUUCUUCUGGCCAGCUGUUGCACCAGCCCCAACUCGCUGACUUGUGAGCCAACACUUUGAAUCACUGAAUUGGGGACGUGUCUUUGAGCCCUUUCCAAAAUCGAUUAAUCUCUUCCUGGCCCUCCUUCUCUCCCUCUUCCUCUCCCUCACUCACCUUGCUCCCCUCUUCUCCCUGAAGCUUGUCACCUCUUUCCCGCUCUCUUGCACUUACAACCUGUCUGCUGUACCCAUCUAUCCAUAUUUCUCUGUCAAUCUCUUCAAGGUUAUGUCUGUUCACAGUGUACUAAAAAUUAAAGUGCACUUAAAUCGA